AUGUUCUUUUCGACGCUUCACCGGGCGCUCCUGAGCCCUGAGGACCUGGAGAACUCGCCCUCGCGGCAGGACGGCGUGUCGCAUGACUUGGAGGAGGCGCAGCGGAUCUUCGGCUGCGACAUCGUCGCGGAAACGGGGCUCUAUUUGCGCAUGCCCAACCAGGCUGUCUGCACCGCCCAGGUGCUCCUGCAGCGCUUCUACUGCAAGCGAUCGCUGACCAAAUACGACGUCAAGGACGUCGCCCUCGCGUGCCUCUGGCUUGCAUCGAAGCUCGAGGAAUGCCCGAAACGCGCCCGCGACGUGCUCAUGGUCGGGCGGCGCAUCAUCCAGCGGCACAGCGACGCGCCGCUGACCGUGCUCGACUUCUACGGCUCCGAGUACGCGCGCGGGAAGGAGACGCUGAUCCGCACGGAGCGCAACAUCCUGCGCGUGUUCGGCUUCAUCUGCCACGUGGAGCUGCCGCACAACUACCUGCUGUCGUUCCUGCAGCAGCUCCAGGCGGACGCGGCGUUCGUGCAGGACGCGUGGGACGCGUGCAACGACUCGCACCGCGCGCCGGUGUGCAUCACGCACGCGCCCGAGGCCGUGGCGUGCGCGUGCAUCCUGGUCGCGGCGCGGCGGAAGGGCCACGCGCUGCCGGCGCGGACGCCCUGGUGGCAGGCGUUCGGCCCGGGCCGCGCGGAGGUCGAGACGGCCGCGGUGCAGCUCGCGCGCCUCUACGCCCGGCCAGACCCGGCGCGCUACGAGCCCCUGACGCAGGCCGCGAAGGACGCAGCGGCCGCCGCGGCGAAGGAGGCGAAGGAGGCGGCGUCGCCGCAGCGGGGCCCGGAGAGCGCGGGCACGCCGGACCGGCGGGGGCGGUCGGCGACGCCGGAGGUGGAGGGGGGGAGUGCGGAGGGGGGUGUUGCGGGGGAGGACCUGCGGAUGCGGGCGAUCCGGGCCGCGCAGGAGGCGGCGAGCCGCGCGACGCACGGGUGA